AUGCAACAACGAGCUCUUGGUGUGCCAACAUCGCUGUCGUUAUCAAGAAAAAGACACUCAUCAGAAGAGAAACUUUAUUUCAGACGCGAAGUUUCCAAAAUUCACACAACUGUUCAAAAAAGUGACAAAAGUAGGAUAUUUUCUGCAUCGCAAGAAAGGUUCAACAAUGCCAACAUUGCAAGAUGUUUCAAUACUAUUUCAACAACUGUGAAUAACCAAAUUGGUUUAAGUCAAUGGGAGACAACCGAGAAACUGUGUGGACGUGGAAAUGUCGAGAAUUAUAGUGGUGAAGCUCAGUGUGAAAUACUCGGUACAAAGUACUGUUCAGAUUGUUGUCGUAUCAAUGAAAAGAAAAUUACCAGACAUGAGAAGAGUCCUAAACUCUAUAUUUUACCUGAAGAUUUUAGAAAAGGACCUCUUCAGACAUAUUCUCCAAUGGAAGUGUUUCAGAGAGUCUAUAAAUAUCACAAAAAUCAGCUGAUUGGAGAAAAUACAGACAUACAGACCACUGAUUUACCUAACAGACGACCACAAUCAUACUAUUCUACCACUGCUGAAUAA